CGUUUCGUAGUCGUGGAGGCUGAAGAAUUGCGACAUACAUUCUGCAGUGAUCGCAGAUCUCACCUAAUUUCCUAGCCCGAACUACCAAUCUCUGAACAUAUAGAAAGCCAGAGGUUUGGAAACGAAAGGGUUCGUUCCCGUGGCUUGGGUAUUCUAUUAUCCCAUAGGGCAUCUGCGAGACGUUUGCAUUUCGUCAAACAAAACACUUGCGCAAGUGGUCAUACAUACGUACACAUAUCCGAGCGGCUGAAUCUUACUCUACCGCAACACCGGAGUAGCUGCUUACGUUGAAUUUUGCUUGGGGUCAAGGACAAGGACGAUAGAUUUGCAUAGGAAGAAACAGCAAUGCCGCAUACGAAUCGAAAAAAGAAGAGUGGAGCGAGGGAAACCAGCGAUGUAGUGAUGAGCGGAGCGGAGAAAACAAGAAAGGUUGUGCAACCUGUGAAGAGGAAACAAGUUGAGGAUGGAGAGGGCUGGACACAUGUUAUAGGAGGAGGAAAGAAAGCUAGUGGUGGAGAAGCAUGGACGCAUGCGGGGGAUUUUGUAAGGAAUGGAGUUGCGUAUAUUGAGAGGACGGUGGGGGAAAUGAGGGACGAUUUGGCGUAUUAUGGGAAUCAAUGGGAGGGUAGUGAAGCGGGUAAACAAUUGAAGGAGAUAUUGAGGGGAAGGGGUUCGGUGAAGAAUGUGGUUUGUUUGGGAUUAGGAAGUUUACAAAGUGCGAGGAGAGAAGGGAGGAGGAGUAGUUUUACGCAAUUGGCUGCGUUGAUGAUGAUUUUGGAAGAGUUGGGUGAGUUGGGUUUGAAGUCGUGCGUGAACAUUACUGAUAGAAUUUUAGGUGGUAUUGGUGCGGAUAAAAUACAAUGUGUAUUCCAGGAUCCUCAAUAUACAGAAACUGACAAGGAAUUUUUGAUUUCUUUUGCUGGAGUAGUGGUAAAUGACCCGUUAGCAUUUGAUCAUAUUAAAGAGGAUACUUUAGUAUAUGCGAUACAUUGUUAUGGACCAGUUUACAAGACUAUUAGUUCAGGACCUCAACCUGCAGUUCUUAUAGGAACAGAUAUGGAUAAUUUUUCCAGGUUCUACUUGUAAGUUACAUGGCGCAUCUUCGUUAGCAGACAUUAACAUUUCACAGAUCAACGAACACAGAAACUCUUGGGCAACAUCUAGAUGAUAUGGUCAAAGAUUGCGAAGUGAUAAAUUUUCCACAACUUCGACAUGAUUUUUCGGAUACAAAAAUAUACUGGCGAAAAGAACCGACGAUUUGAAUAAGGGACGUAGCCGAAGCUUGGCUUCACUAGCAAUAGACCUCAUAUAUACCAGAAUAAUCGAGGCAUGCUCUUAACUCGGAGCGGCGAGAUCUCAAUUGAUCUCACUGGACUGCACUACAGUACCAAAAGCAUCCGCCAACUCCGCCAAAACCGUCUUAACCA